AGGCGCUUGGAGAUGGUUCACUCGCUCUGUCGACCAGCUCGCUUUAUAUACUACUGCUAAAUUUAGGCCAUUUACUCGCGUACGGUUCUCAUCCUGGACGUGUUUCCUGAGGCAACUGCAAUUGGUUCAAGUUCUCGGCUAACUUGCUGAUAUCCUACCAAUCGCAGGCUCCCGCUGCACAACUUCAAACCAGUACUGUACUUAAUCCGAGCUCAGAACUUUUUGGAGACUCUGUUCUGCGAACGAGUAGCAGCCGGGCAGCCCCGCUUGAUCCAUGCAAACCUUCUCCUGCUGAAGUCCACCAGUUCCGACAGGCAGACAUGGCAUUGAGCGGCACCAUCCUGCCGUCUAUCUCCACAUUCACAGCCCCCAAGACCUGGGACAGGCAGGAGUUCUGCAACAAAUGGAAAAACGAGCCGGGACUCAAGCAGCCUCAGAAUCACUGCCCCAUGACGGAUUUUAUACAAUAUUUGGAGAAUUUCACGCGGGCCAGCGACACAGAUGAUGACCUGAGCUUGCUGGAUGUGGAUUUUAUUCUGUCCAACACCAUGACCACCGAGCCUGCCGGGGGAGCGGACUACACUCUGCCUGCAGGAGGAGGAGAUGUCACCCCUUUCUAUGAGAAGGCUAACUGUCCGGUGUACAGCGCGCCCGAGGCCGGAGACCCUCCCGCCUACAGUAUGAUGGCCGAGCUGAUGUGCUCGGACACGGACUACAGCGCGGUGCAGGGUCGCUUCCUGCUCACCCCGGUCUACCCCAGCGAAGAGUUAGCCAAAGCGACCAAGAGUGAGGCGGCUCUGGAUGGUUAUGGGCAAGGGGGAGUGAGCAUGGAACCAGAGGCGGCCUGCCUGCGGGUCAAACGGGAGGACACGGUCUCUUGCCUGGUGGCAUAUAACGAGCAGCAGCAGCGCCUGGGGAGUUCCCCGCUGGCCGGGGGCAGUGUGACACCCCCCCUCAGCCCCGGAGACCUGAUGAACUCCGGAGACUGCCAACAGCAGCAGCAGCAGCCCCCUCCUCCUCUCUGCCACCCCAACAGGAUGCUAUACCAACCCAGCUACCCGUUCGCCCACCAGCACCUCCACUACCCCAACCAGUACGGCCUGUUCGAUGACCCGGUGCCCCUGCAGCCUUCCCCGGCUCAGAGGGUGAUGCUGACUCCGCCGUCGUCCCCUCUCGAAUUGCUGGACAACAAGCCCAAGAGAGGGCGGCGCUCCUGGCCCAGGAAGAGGACCGCUACCCACACCUGCAGCUACGCGGGAUGUGGCAAGACCUACACCAAAAGCUCGCACCUGAAGGCACACCUCCGGACACACACAGGUGAGAAGCCAUAUCACUGUACCUGGGAUGGAUGCGGCUGGAAAUUCGCCCGUUCCGACGAGUUGACCCGUCACUACCGCAAGCACACCGGCCACCGACCUUUCCAGUGUCAUAUGUGCGAGAGAGCGUUCUCCAGAUCAGACCACCUCGCCCUGCACAUGAAGAGACACAUCUGACCCAGCAAAGCCCCUCUCUCUCACUCAUAAGACUUCCGAUAACAAUGGUAGAAUGUUUUCAAACAAAAACUGUUUCUCAAAACCAAAGACAAUUAUUUAAUAAAAUACCAAGGAUGAUUGGGGAAAUGUAGCUGGAACUACCGCCCUGGGACAUGGGCAGCGAAGGAAGAUACCAAAGACAGUGGGCGAAUUGGAACAGGCGAUGGAGAGACAAGGGGAUGGGACAACUCCAGCCUAGGAGACUGGACACAGGAACUGGUUAUGAAAAUUAGUGUCCCUUGACUCACUGCGUGAAAGACUGAUUUUAGUGACAGGGUCAAAUGUAUACAGUUUACAUUGGCGCUAUGUUUGUGUUCGAUGCCAGACAAAACAAAUCCUGUCAUUUGUUUUAUAAAAAAGAUUGAACACGGGACGAGGUUACACAGAGAAAGUUGCCGGAGUCUGUUUCUUGGCGCUUUCUAGUAACUGAGAGAAUUCAGUCGAUGUACGGAACGCGGCUAAGUUAACACUGCCCACAGUUGCAGCCUUGUAUCAGCAAGCCUUGAAUCGAAUCAAUAUCUUUUUUAUUAUUGUGUCCGCUUUUUUUUUCGAGUUGUGGACCCGGUGAUGGGUCCGAGCGAAUGUCGCGUUUUUUUUGUCCGACGACAGCCGGGUGAAGGUCCCCUUUCUCCUCCCCCCCCUCUCCCCCCCCCCCCCCCCCCCCCCCACCCUCAAUCCGGUGAAGAGCACAGAUAGAUCCCACAGUGACUGAGGUGCAAUAGCUCACACGCAAUGUCUGUCCCAUCUCGGAGUUACACUAGACAAGGCUAGAUGUCUUGGAGUUAAUAAUUGUAUUUUAUCUGACUUGAUCUUGAAGUAAAUGUAUAUAAUAUUUUGUAAUAAAAGUUAUUUGUAUUAUGUAAAUAUAAAGGAACUGGAUGAAUUUCAAA